UCCUUACUGACAGCUGGCCCACCAGCACACGCCUCCAAAUCAAAACAAGGCAGCACGGCAGGCAGACAGACAAGCAGGUAAGCAAGCAGGCAGGCAGGCAGAUAAGCAGGCAGGUAGGUAGGCAAGGACUGGCUGGCUGACUGGACUCUGGCUUGCUUUUCCCCUGUCCACCACAAUCGUCAUCGCCGCAGGUGAAAGCAAGCUGAGGGGAGAGCUCGUCGUGCUCUAGUGCAAAGACAGAGAGAGAGGCCAGGACAGGACAGGACAGGACAGGACUGGGUGGCAUGUGAGACUCUGGCCCCAGGGCAACUGAACAGUCUCGAGACUCCACAACGUUUUGACCAUCGCUUCUCAACAACAACCACAGCAACAACUUCAGGGGGAUUUUAAAAAUAGAGGUUUGACAGCACAGACUUUUGGCCCAGCAGCAAGACAGCUGAACCGAAGCGAAGAUGACAAACGAGGAGGAUAAGGAUCCCGAUAUUGAGCUGUUUGUUAAGGCGGGCAGUGAUGGAGAGAGCAUUGGAAACUGCCCCUUCUCCCAGCGCCUCUUCAUGAUCCUGUGGCUGAAGGGGGUGGUGUUCAAUGUCACCACCGUUGACCUGAAAAGGAAGCCAGCCGACCUCCAUAACCUGGCCCCAGGUACCCAUCCACCCUUCCUUACCUUCAACGGAGAAGUGAGGACGGACGUCAACAAGAUUGAGGAGUUUCUGGAGGAGAUGUUGGCUCCACCUAAGUAUCCCAAACUGGCGGCGAAGAACCGGGAGUCCAACACGGCAGGAAACGACAUCUUUGCCAGGUUUUCGGCCUAUGUGAAAAACACCAAGCCGGAGGCCAACGCGAGUCUUGAGUUGGGCCUUCUGAAGGCUCUCAAGAAGCUGGAUAUGUUCCUGUGCUCUCCGCUCCCCGAUGAGAUUGAUGCAAACAGCAUGGAGGAAGAGAAGGAGUCGAAGCGCAAAUACCUGGAUGGGAAUAUGUUGACCCUGGCUGACUGCAACCUCCUGCCAAAGCUGCACGUGGUGAAGGUUGUGUCUAAGAAGUUCCGCAACUUUGACAUCCCAAAACAACUGACCGGGGUGUGGAGGUACCUGAAGAACGCUUACGCUCGUGACGAGUUCGUCAACACCUGUGCGGCAGACAAGGAGAUCGAAAUGGCCUACGAAGACGUAGCAAGGAGAGUUGCCAAGUAAGAAAGCCUGGAUAACAAUGUCUCUCGACCUGACGAGAUGAAGAAGGAACUUGAUGUCGUAUAACAUUGUCUGGACAGGAUCUAAUCAUCAGAAAUGCGUAAAGGAAUCUCCCUCCUGUCUUUCUUUCUAAUAGAACCAUAUGUUUGUGAAAUCCUUGCAAUUGUACAAUAACUGAAUGAAUGUAACUCUAUCUGCAGUGGUGGUUAUUCCAAUCCAGUAUCAUAUGUUGAUAACAGCUAAAUCAGCCUGAUUGUAGUCAGCAUACUCAACAGGCCAACUAGAAAACUACUUAAAUGAAGUGCUGUACUGUAGGUAGAAGCUGGAAGGUAUCCCAAAAAGUAGGACAAAUAUGUCAACCUGCUAGUAAUAAAUCUAGAGGUAUAAAAGUCUUUUGACAUACAGGUAGUCUAUCGGUAGAAGAAUGAACAUAAUAAGACCCCUCUGAGUUUUCAACUCACUCUGUGUUAUGAUGAGUUGGGGCCACAUUGGGUUUAGAAUAUCGACUGAAGGGCCAGAUCACAGGCAACUUACCGGUGUUAACCAUAAUAAUAAUAUACAUUGGCAUAACUUGUUGACUAUUUCAUUCCAGCGCAUUAUAUUGAAAUGUAUUUAGGGAGAUGAAUACAGUAGCCUAUUUACAUGGUUGAUCUCAAACCUUCAAGUCCCUUGGGUAGCCUUUUUAACAAUGCUGGGUGAGAGUAUCACUUUGUAUUCAAAGGUUUUUCAUGUAAAGGCUCGGCGGGCCAUAUGAAAUGUCACAGCGGGCCACAUGUGGCCCCCGGGCCUGACUUUGCCCACAUCUCCCUUAGCUGCUUACUUGGAAUCCUCUUCCCCCCUUUAGUAAUUCUGUAAUCAUAAUUUAGAAUAUACAACACUGGAUUGAGGUCUCUGUAUCCCGGCUGCCCGUCACUGCCUCUCUGAUAUCACUUCUGUGUCUUCAGGCUGUUGCCAUUUUCCUAUCGCUAAAGCCCAUGUAGCAUCCAUUCUUCUCCUAGCGUAAUGUGUCGUGCCACUGAACUUACUCUUAUCUCUUAUGCUGCAGCUCUUCCAGCUAAAUCGAUGGGAAUUGUUAAGUUCAUUUUUUCACGUUUAUCUUAUUUUUUUCAUCGUAAAAAGAUAUGUAUUUUCUUUUUUGUAUGUCUGACUGUAUGGCUUUUGUUUUAUCUGUCUGUAUGAUGUGACAGGGAUUUAAGCUAAUAUGCAAUGUGUCAAGACUAGAGGUAUUUGUUAGGCUUCAAAAGCCACAGGAAGGCCUACUAAAAAGUUGGGAAUGUAUGCAGCCUGGGAAUGAGGGUGAUAAUCAGACACUUAACCAUUUGCAUCAUGUCCUGUCUUACAACAGUAAGUGUGCUGACAUACUGUAUGUAUGCUGUGUUGAACAGGUAUGGUGGGUAUCGUCUAUAGUACCUGUUAAUAGUGUCUAUCUGAAAGGUAUUUUCUGAUAUCUUUUUUUAUUUUGUUUACAUAACUAUGACUUAAGUUAUACACUCUGCACGGGGUCAUGCGUGAACAAAUGAACUGUCAUGAUACACUGGAGAUGUUUUGAACAUACACCCAAAUAGGAGUUUAUGAAGAUAAAACAAAGGGAUAUCAUCGCCAUCUUGUGGUGAUGGAAUGGAAUUUUUGUCUUGACUGAAAUUGGCCAAGGAGAUGAGACGGAUACAUGCCGACUCAUAGGCAGACUGUGUAUUGGAUACUGUUGAAUUCUUUGGCUUUCCAUAUAUCAACCUUAUUGGCUUGCAUUUCUUUAUAUUACCAAGAAUUUCGGUUAUGCACUAAAUGCUUUACAUAUUUAUUAUUUUUUGGGAUGCAGUGAAUUCUUUUGCAGCAUUUCAACAGCCGCAUAGUAUGCAUCAGCCCAUUUGUCUUUUAUUACUUUAAAAGAUGGUCUGGAUGAUUUCUCAGGAACCUGAGCCUUAUAGGAACAUUUUCCAAUACCCUUCCUUUUUUUGUAAAAUGCUGCACAACAAGGAUGACUGUGCUUGAAUGAAUAAAGAUCUAUUU